AUGGCAACAGUUGCACCAGUGGCAGAUUAUGCCUCUAAUGUCUGGAUGCAUGCCUGUAAAGCAAAAGGAACACAGUAUUUGAACAGAAUGCAGAAACAAGGAGCUAUUGCAGUUACAGGAGCCUUUCGGACAGUCGCAACCGCAGUAGCUGAAGCAGAAGCGGGCAUCCAACCUUUCCAUAACUACUGGAAGCAAAAGCAAAAGUGGAAGUACGGAGAUCAACAAGCAGAGAAUGUUAAUCAGAAAAGCAACUGUUUCAAGCUAAAGCAACUGCCAUCAGACUUGCUAUCGAUGCAACACGCGGAGCAUAAUGUUGAACGAGAUAUUCUACCAAUGUACAAUGACGAAGGCAUGGCUUUUAUGCCUUAUGGAGUUCUGGGAUCCGGAUACUUUCGCACAUCGGCUCAGCGAGCAGCCGAGAAGCAGGAUCCAGAAACCAAACGAGAGGGCCGCAAUAUUGCUUUUAUUGACAAACCUCGAAAGGCCAUUAUGGCCGAUACUCUGGAAGACAUAGCUAAAGCUAGGGAUACAAAUCUCACAAGCAUUGCAUUGGCCUGGGCCAGGUCCAAAUAG